AUGGAAGUCACCAUGAAUGAAGCCAAACAGACCCUUAAGACACUGGAGCAGAGUAUUAAGCUCUUGCAGCAGCAACAGAAGACUUUCAUUAAUGCAUUGGAGCGGACACGGGAAAGUGCCCAUGACAGGAUCAGACCCGUGAUGACCCUGGCCCAGGUACGCAACUACUUAGACAGCCACUGCAACAACAGGACAGAUAAGCGUAUCUCUCUCUCUUUUUGGAUGUCUGUGCGGAUCUGGCCGAGUUCUGUAUCCAGCUGGAAUCUAUGCAGAAUGACACAUCAGCAAAGGGGAUCAUAGAGCAAACCAUUACUCUUCUCAAUCCAACCAAUGACCUGUCUGGUCUGAGAGCCAAGUAUCCUCAUGAUGUUUUGAACCACCUCAGCUGUGAUGAAGCACGUAACUUCUAUGGUGGCGUAGUGAGCAUGGUUCCCAUUGUCCUGGACAACAUCCGUGAGGCUGUGUUGAGGCUGGAAAGAGCCCAGCCACUUAUGGAGGACUCUGAGACCACGGACAGGCUUGUGGCUAUUCAGAAGAACAGACAGAAGCAACGUAA